AUGUCACUUCCGGUGAACCCCGAGUGCGCCGCCUUCUCCUUCUCAGCCGUGAUGACCAAGAGCAGCAAGUCAGUCAGUGGCAUGCAGUGCGCCAAGAGGAACUUACAGGCUCGUGACAAAGGUGCCUCCGGGCAUUCUCCACGUGAGAAGAUGCUCAUUGUCAGGGCUGUCGCGCGCGAGAAGAUCUCGGCAUCUGUGUCCGAAGGUAUUCACUGCCGAGGCAGCUCCGUCUCCUCCGCCGUGAUUCCCUCGGUCGCGUCCCAUUGGCGCUCGCAGAUGAAGCACAUCACCAUGUCGAAGCCGGGUAGCCCAAGCCCAUGCAGCAAGGUCGCGGAAGUCUCCGUCGCCGGAGCUCGGGUCAAGAGGUACAUCGUCGCGUCGGUCCGCUUGGGCGAGCGCGUGGGUGCCUCAGCCCAGCGGAGCGUCGUCGGUCGCCCGGCUCUGGCCCUGGAAGAUUUUCUGGAAACGGUGGUGCCGGAGGGUGCAAAGUGGAGGAUGUGCCAGGCGACAGUGGACAAGUACGGGGAUCCCGGGAUCAAGUCAAGGCUCGAGCUGAGUAUCGUUGGCAAGAACGCGGAGCCCCUGAAGAAGGCCAUCAAGAUUUAUCUGGAUCACGAAGGCCUGGUGGAUUCUUGGCGGGCAUCGCGAUCCAGAUGUGGGCUUGUACGCCACAUCGUCACCGACGGCGAGUUUGUUGGGACACAACCGAUUAACUUCGUGGCGGUGCAGUGUCGGUGGGUUGUGGAGUACGAAGACGUGAGCGCAGCCUUCUUGGAAGGGAAGGCGCUGCCCAGGAAGGAAAAGAUUUACGUGAAGGUUCCCCGCGGCUACCCCGAGGAGGUAGUGGAGUUCCUGGUGGAAGGUUUGGGUCGAGAUUGUCGAGACGAUCUGGUGGAGCUUACCAAAGCAGGCUUCGGACUCCCGGAGUCCCCGAGGCUGUGGUACCUGGAGUACAAGGCUUUUCAUCCUCAGCUCCCCAUCGACGUGGACUAUGGCGAGUGUACAGUCGAUGACACUCGCGUUGCCGGGGAUGAAGCAGCUGGCGAGCUCUGGGAAAAGCUGAGGGCUCGUUUGAAGUUUGGCCAGCAUCGCAAGGCGAGGGGCCUCAAGUUCGACAACAUUGCCGGUCUCAAGUUCACCGGCAACUUUCCCACCGACAUCCACACCAUCGGCGACGACAUCGACGUCAGGAGGGGCCCUAGAGUCAGACAUAUGGAGUACCUGCAGCAGAGGGUGGUCCAUACUGAAGCAGAUGAGCCGUUGUCUGAGGGCGAAAAGAAGGUCAUCAGUUCUCUGGCGGGCCAAUUGAACUGGGCAGCAAGAGAGGGCAGGUACGACCUGGCAUACGUUGCACCCCUAGAUUGUCGAGACGCUCUACGGUGGCUCAACUUGCGGAUCAAGAGGGCCCAGGAGUCGCUCUACUUCAAGGUGCGGAACUUGGGUUGCGCACUGGAGGACGUGAUUGUGGUGUCGGCCAGUGACGCAGCUUAUGGAGCGAUGCCCGGAGGACACAGUCAAGGGGCCAACUUGGUGAUGCUGGCGCAUCCAAAGGUGUUGUCCGGCGUGGGACCCGUGUGCAUCCUAGAGGUCAACAGCACCAAGAUCCACCGUGUUGUCCGAUGCUCUAUGUCAGCGGAGAUUUCGGCUUUGACACUACGUGCGGGCAACCCUUGCCGAGUUGAUCGAUCCAGCUUUCGAGCUUUCGAGCUGGGCUCUUGGAAACGACAUGUGGCCAAGUGGCGACACGUCUUGGCCACAGAUGCUAAGACCCAUCUCCAGUGA